AUGUUGCGGGCACUGCCCGGCACCUCUGCUCGGCACCACCGGGCUCACCCAAGAGUGCCAGGCAGGCACGGGUGGUUGGGCAAGGCAACGGACACCAGGGAUCCUGCCUGUGGGGGAAUCCCAGCACUGGAGGUCGGGGAGCCCUCAGCUGCCAUGGGCUGCUGGAGGGGCCCCAGCACCGUACUGGUCUGCCUGCUUCUCCUGCGCCCACUGCCCUCGCCAGCCUGCCCUGCCGCCUGCCGCUGCUCCUUGGGGGAGGCGGACUGCAGCGAGCAUGGCCUCAGAGAGGUGCCGCAGAGCUUGUCGGCCAACACCAGCACCCUGUGGCUUGGCUACAACUUCAUCACGGUGCUGAGGCCGCGCUCCUUCCCUCCCUUGCCGGGACUGCUGCUGCUCAGCCUGCCCCACAACCACCUGGAGCUGAUCCACAGCCAGGCACUGGUGGGGCUCGGGGCACUGCAGGAGCUGGAUCUCAGCAACAACUACCUCACCGUGCUCAGCCCUGAAACCUUCCUGCCCCUCACCAACCUGGCCAAGCUCAACCUGGGCAGCAACAGGCUGAGGGAGCUGGAGCCCAGGGUGCUGCGUGCCCUGCCCCAGCUCCAAGCCCUUCUCCUGCAGGACAACCCCUGGGUGUGCAGCUGCGGCAUCCUGCCCCUCUGGCGCUGGCUCAGCCACAACAGGGAAAAAGUGCGAGAGAAGAGUUUGCUCCUCUGCAGAGUCCCGGAGCAGCUGAACCAUUAUCCAAUCAUGGCCUUAGGGAAUGAGUCCUUCAGGCAAUGCCAGGACACUUCACUGUCCACCCAACAAUACAUCGCCUUCCUGAUCAUUGGACCAUUCUCCUUCAUGGCCAGCAUCUUCUUCUGCACCUUCAUGGGCUCCAUCAUAGUCGUUUACAACAACCUGCGCAAGGAACCCCACUUCUGGAGGAGACCCGGCAUCUGCAAGGGCCACUGCAGCAGGGCAACCAGGUUUUAGCCCUGGACAGGCCGUGGUCUGUGCCCUUCUCCAGCUGUCUUCACCCCCCCUGUUGCAAACAUUUCCCUGUGGACCGGUGAGAGGAUGCUCUGUUCCUGGAAAUCACUUUUCUUCCUCCUCCCAGAGUCCCCCGAGAUGAUGCCAAGCUCCCUCUGUCCUGCUGCGGAGGGGGGAGCAGCCUCCAGCUCAGCCCCUCUGCAGGGCACGGUCUGACCGCAGCUGCUCUCCAUUUUGCAGCCCCAAGCCACACUUGGACCUGCACAUCCCCUUCCUGGGGAGGGUCAGGUGAUUCUUCUUCUCCAGCUCACCCUGUCCUGCCCCUUCUGCUGCCCAGGGGCCUCAGCGUGCAUUUCAGGAUGUACUGUGUGCCUCCGAGUGACUUUUGGUGCAUCCUGGGAGCCCCUGUGUACACCUCAGGACACACCAUAUUCCUCUGGGUGCCUUUCAGUGCAGCCCAGGAGCCUCUGUGUGCCUUUCAGUUUGCCCCAAGGCCCUCCUUGGGCCUUUUGGUGCCCCCAGCACUCCCCAUCUGCCAGUCAGUGACCCCAGCAGCCUCAUUGUGCCUUUCUGUGCCCUCAAGACCCUUUGGCUUGGCUUUUCGUGUAUCCAAGCACCACCCAUUUGGCUCUCUGUGUCCUGACAGGCAUUGGUUUGCCUUUUGAUGCACACCAGAGCUCUCCGUGUGCUUUUUGGUGCACCUGACAAUCUCUGGGUGCUUUUAGGGCACUCCAGAGCCUCCAUGGGACUUUCAGAAAGCCCCAGACCCCUCCAUGUGCUGCCCAAGGACAGGGCAGGUAGAAAAAUGCUUCUUUCAAAAGUUUUUUUUUUUUCCUUGAGACAGAGCUGUUGAUGCUGAGAAGUCUCAGCCAACAACCAAGAUCUAGGGUGAGGCUGAGGUUUAGGGUCAGGGUUGGAAAGAGACAAAGCCUUGAGCUCCCGCUGAUGUGGUUUGGCAAAGGGGCUGCCAAAGGAUGGGUGAAGCUGCACAGCAGUUCCUCGCCCAAUAGCUUUUCCCUUAGGCUAAAGCUCAUCCAAGGCAGAGGUCUACGGUUAGCUCAGUGAUGGGAGCAGGGACAAAAACGCUCAUGUGGGUUUACAGCCCAGAGCCUGCAGUGCUUGCUGCUGCCUCACCUCCCAUCGCCCACAAAAAGGGGCUGGGGCUGCCCCUGCAUCUCCCUGCCCUGCCGCCUCCUGCCCUCCCCUGUGGAAAAGCUUCU